GAUUCGUAGAACGAAGGAAGUAUUAUUUAUUCAUUUAAAAAUUCAUUUUGGCCCAAACUUAUUGGGCCUGAUCUUUUAGGCCUAGUAUAACAUAUAAGUGAGCCCAAAUUAGAAAACUGAAUUCCAAGGCCCAAAAUAAAAGUACAGUUUGUCUUCCAAACUUUCGCCAUAUUUUUUCAAUCUAAGCACCUAAGUUAUGCUCCGAACUUUCACUCUUUUUCUCUAAUCUAAAAAUAUAUUCAAAUUACUUAGAUUUUGUAAAAGUUUCAAACUUUGAAAAUAGUUGUAAUUACAUCUAAAUUUGAGAAACCAAUUACGGAAAGACGAACCACUUCACCGAAUUCUAACAUGGAUUUUAUAUGAAUUUUGAUUUUGUACGCGAUAAAACAUUUUAUACGAAUAAUUCGUUAAUAUAUUUUUUAUUUCUUGUAGUAAAAUUUACCAGAUGUUCAACUACGUCAUUCAAUAAGAAUUCCGUUUAAGCCAGGUAGACAGUUCGAUCUCAACCUCAACAUUCAUUAGUCAAAAAUGCUCAUUGUAAGCAAAAGCUCAUGUAUUUAAACGAAGAAUUUACUUUUGACAAAUUUCACGUUUGAUCGUUGGUUGGAUUUUCUCAAAAAGAAUUUACCUAAUUUGAAUUUUUUUACCUUUUAUUUUCUUAAAAGAAAUGAAAAAUCACGUGCUUCUGCAUUAGUGUUGGCAUUGACAUAUUAUUUAUUUUUGGUGAUAAUUGGUUUCAGUUUAUAAUUUUAUUUUAUUUUUGAGUAAAUUUUCUUGAGCGCGUUUUAAUUUGCUUGAUAUAUAUAAAAUGAUCUUAUAGAUUUGUGUAUGUAAUUAAUGGUCUAAAUAAAUUAUGGUAUCUCACACAUGACAUGUUUAGGGUUUUACCUUUGACAUUUGACAGAUUCUCAGUUGUUAGGAUAAGAUUUCCAUGCUGUACUCAUUAAACAUGGUCCAAGAUUAGGUAAACUUAGUAAUCUUCUUAAUGUUUUUAUCUAUUUUUAGCUACUUUUUGAUUGUACUCCCUUCUUCCCACAAAUCUUGACACGUUUUCUUUUUUGGGCCGUCCCCACGUUUCCAUUUUGGGUAAUAAUUAUUACAUUAUCUCUUCUAUUUUAUCACUUUUAUUACUCUCUCUCUCUCUCUCCUACUUUAUCACUUAUAUUACUUUUUCUCUCCUACUUUAUCACUUUUAUAUUUUAUUAACUACACACUAAUUUACAACUCCUUAAUUCCCGUGACGAAUCCAAACGUGUCAAGAUUCGUGGGACGGAGGGAGUAAGUAUGUGUAGCUAUAUUUUAUCACUAAUCUACAACUCUUUAAUUCCCGUGACGAAACCAAACGUGUCAAGAUUCGUGGGACGGAGGGAGUAAGUAUUUGUAGCUAUAUUUUAUCACUAAUCUACAACUCUUUAAUUCCCGCGACGAAUCCAAAUGUGUCAAGAUUCGUGGGACGGAGGGAGUAGGUAUUUGUAACUUGUCUAUCCCCAGUUAAAAUUUUACGCGCUUCCAAUUUGACUAGCUUCAUUAAUUUGGUUAAAAUUUCGUUCCCGUCAAUAUUGCUCCAUUCAUUCUACGCAGACCAUAGUAAAAGCAAUUUUAUAAAUUUUUUUACUAUUUUAUACAUGGAGUUUUGCUACUUUGAUUUAUUUAUAUUUAUGUGAAUGUUUCUUUCAUACCCACUAUCCAUCUCAUCAUAUUCGCCAACAAAUUAGACAAAUUUUCACACUCUAUGUGUAUAAGAGAUUCCAUUCAAAUUAAGUUUUUCUGCCUCUAUAUUGAUCACUUUUUUCUUCUUUUUUUUCCCUUGUGAAUUUGCUAAGGUGUAACGCGAUGGCCAUAGAAUAUGAAGAGAUAAGAAAAGCUACAAAAAACUUCGAAUCCGAGGUGUUGGUGGGGAGAGGAGGAUUCGGUAGCGUUAUUUAUAAUGGAUGGAUUGACGAGCAGAAGCUUACCGCAGUGAAGCCUGCAUCUGGAAUUGCUGUUGCUAUCAACAAGAUGAAUCUUCAACAACAUAAGGAGUGGGUGGAUGAAAUAAAUUAUUUGAGGCAACUCCGUCACCCGAAUUUGGUGAAGCUUAUUGGAUAUGGCUGUAACACAGACAAGAGGAUUGUGGUGUAUGAGUUCAUGCCCAAAGGAAGCUUGUACAAUCACUUGUUCACAAGUGGGCAUGAAGCCCUUCCUUGGGCAACAAGAACCAAAGUGGCUAUAGGUGCUGCUACAGCUCUCGCCUUCUUGCACGCCUUGGAAAUACCAGUCAUACAUGGAGCCCUUCAAAGUAGUGAUAUUCUUUUCGAUGGAGACUUCAACACCAAGUUGUCCAACUUUGGCAUUGCAAGAGAGUGUCCUACUGGUUGCGAUGCGGCACAAUUCAUAAAUAUAUACGGUGCCCCGGAGUACAUAACGACAGGUCGCUCGAGCACGAGAAGUGAUGUGUACGGGUUUGGAGUGGUUCUGCUAGAGCUGAUGUCGGGGCGUCCGGUUUGGGACAGAACGCGGCCUGCUGAAGAGGGUCAGCUGGUGAAGUGGGCAAGACCUUAUCUGAGAGACGAGAGGAGAGUUGGGGAGAUGAUGGAUAGCAGAUUAAUGGGUGAAUAUACUAUCAAAGAGGCAUGCAAACUUGCCAACAUAGCUUUGCAUUGUGUGAGUGAAGCUCCAAAAUUAAGACCAACGAUGUCUGAGGUUGUAGCUCAACUAGAACAACUGUAAUAAUCGAUCAAGCAUGUUGGAUAAUAGGCUUCCUAGCUAUAGGAAAAUGAACAACUAUUAUAUAUUCAUCUUUUUUUCAAAGAAA